AUGCUUCAGACGCUGCCCGGACGGUUGUCGUGGUGCUCGUGCAGGGGACGAAAGGGUGCGACGAGUUCCCCUCGUGGCUCCAGUGGUACAUCUCGGACGGGCACUUCGUCGAUGCCCCUGCUUGGCCUGGACGUCGUCGUGCUGGACGGCACCGCCAAGGAGUGCGUGACGUCCGUGAACGAGCAACACCCGGGCUUUCUACGCUGGGUGCAGGACAUGUCCAUCCCUGAGUACCAGGUGCGCAUGGGCAGGGAGCCGGCCGGGCGGGGGCUCGGGCCCGCCGGACGCGGGGAGCUCGGUCGUGCGCCGAGAAGUCCUGCGCGGGGGCGUCGGCUGUGGCCGCAGAAUCUGUACCAGUACACCACUCCUGGGUCUCUCCUCUUGGUCCAGGAGAUGCUCGACAGGUGGGAUCGGGAGAGCUGGCUGGAUCCCACGACGCACCAGAUGGCCCACAAGUGGCUGACGAAGGCGAUAAGCCACACCCACGAGCUCGCAGACAUGACUGUGCUGAACGUGUGGCUGAUCCAGCAGAACUGCAGCAAAAGGCCCGUUGGUGACAAGAGAACGAAAGCGUCCCUCUGGUCGUGCGGCAAGGUGACCCUGGCGACCUUCAGCCGAGGGUACCAGAGGGGCGGCGGGAAGCCUUGCCAGGGCUCCCGCACGCCACUCUCGACGGCCUGCCGCGAGACGGGCCUCGUCAUCUCGCACUCCCACAGCCCGCUGGUGGACACCUUCCGGCGGGAGGCACCGGCCUUCCCCGCGCCGCCCACGGGCGCCAGGCCGGCCCCGUUGUACCCUGGCUCGCGCCCUCCCAGCCAGGCGGGGGCCCUGGCGGAGGCGCCCCCCGUGUCGGGCCGGGCAGGCGCGCCUGCCCAGGCCAGCUGGGCCGUGGCGGGCCCACCGGCCGCGGAGACGCCUCGCGCGCCCCGGACAUUGGGCGCCUCGAUUCUCGACCCA